UUUGUUUUGUGUAGUCGUGGGUUAAGCGCUUAGCGCAGCGGACGUCGCUGCCGGCUGUGUUGUUCGAAUUAUUGUUAAGACUUUGUGCCCUCGACAAAAAUAUUUUAAGUGUGCGUUUGUGUGUGUGUGUGUUGUGCAUGUGCAUUAUGUCAAUGCAUCACAGUGACAGCAAACAGGACACAAAGGAUGCCAGGCUCCUGCUGCCGGCAUUUGUGCAGCCGCGUGCGCCAUUGCAAAAGAUUUUCAUUGAUGAUUUGACGGCGACGCAUUCGCUGGAGCGACGACGACUCUGGCAUGUGCCCUGGUUCCUAUUGUUGAUGUCCCUUGUGCAGUUAUCGCUGCAUCUGAUUGUCAAUGGUUGCAUGCAGCGGCGUCUCAUCUACAAGCCGGAGCUGGGGCACGAAUAUUGGCGCUUCUUUACAUACAUGCUGCUCCAUGCGGAUACCUGGCACUUGUGGAUCAACAUGUGUCUGCAGUGCUUUAUUGGUGUCUGGCUGGAACUGGAGCAGGGUCAUUGGCGUGUGGGCGUGGUCUACAUUACGGGCGGCAUAUGCGGCGCACUGGCCAAUGCCUGGCUGCAGCCGGAGCUGUCAUUGUUGGGCGCAUCGGCGGGCGUCUAUGCCUUGCUGUGCAGUCAUGUACCACACCUGGUUUUGAACUUUUCGCAAUUGUCGCAUCGCUUUUUGCGCAUUGCCAUCUUGUUGAUUUUGUUUGUCAGCAAUGUGGCAUUCACAAUUUUUCAUUAUUGCAUCAAUCACAAUCUCAAUCCCCGCAUCAGCCUGGAAGCCCAUUUGGGCGGGGGCGUGGCCGGCUUGUUAAGCGGCUUCCUCGUUUAUCGGCGAUGGCAGCGUCUCGACUCCCUCGGCCCGCACAUGCGUAAUUUCUAACUAAUUGCUAAGACUAUAAUUAGAUAUUUGUUCUGUUUUUAGCCUUAAUUUAGUGUUAACAUUUUCAAUUCCAGUCAAGUCCGCCGGAAAAAGCAAAUUAAACAAUUUUUUGCUUAUUUAUUUAUUGUAUUUUUUUUGGUAGCUCUCGCUUUAAAUUUAUGGCCAAGCAAUUGACUUCGACGCGUUCUUUAAGGGCAUGCACAAAUUUCUAUGCAAUACGAAUUGUUUGAAUAAAUUUUAUUGUUACACCCUCGAGUUGUUUUUAUAGACCCCAAUCUGAUGAUUCAGCUAAUUGGCUGUUAAGAUUGCACGCAAUUUUACAAGGCGAAUUUAAACGGCUUUUCGAUGUCAGCUCAUUAAAUAUUUAUGCGGGCAUAACUUAACUGGAUCAUUGUGAUUUUGAGAAAUGUAAAAGGUUUUCAUUUAUUUACAGCAUUGGUAUAUAAAUGUUCAGCUGUGAGAUUGUUCGCAUUUUCAUUACAUUCUCAGUAUCUCAUUAAAUUCCUUUAAGUUCGAUUGUAUAUCAGAUAUAGAAAAAUUUAUAAUUCUAAGGAAACUCUCAAUUUUAUAAAUUUUACCUGAAAAGCCUUUGAAUAUGUGUAGACAAUGUAAGUGUUAGUAAAUUCCAUUGGAUUUGCAUGCAUUUUUUUUGCUGUCCGAAAGUGAGUCAAAAGAGCUGCAUACUCUGCAUAUAAAGUUUCUAUUCCAUUUCGUAUUCCGUUGAGCAAAAAUAAUUGAUUAUUUUGAAUUAUAAAUAAAAAAUCGAUUAUAAUUUUAGAAAAAUAUUAGAUCGGGGUCUUUGUAAAUUCAGGAAUAAUAUUAUUGAAAACUACCAGAUAUCAAGUAUUGUUUAGUGAUAAUUAUUUUACCGUCUGUAGUUUAGAUUAGACUACACAGUUGUAAAACAAUUUUCGACAAGCUUGAACAUUCCUAAAAUAAAUUUACUGAAUUAUUUGUUGAGUUUUCUUGACUUUACCUUAUAAUACCUUAUAGAAUUUCUUGUCAAAGGGGGGUAACUUUUUUGUUUUCCAAGAUAUUUUUGUUAAACUCUGGCAGUUAGAAGCUUUAUCAUGUGCCUAAAAUAUGUACAUAUUCCUAUUAAUAUCGGAUUGAAACUACUUUGAAUAUACUCGUUCGAAAAUAGAGUAUUUUGCAAAAGCCCCAUUGUGUGGCUAAUUAUAGAAGAUUCUGUGUGUCUGUUUUAUGUUUGCAUUUGCUUUUGAUCUACGACAAUCCAAUGGGAAGUAUUCUCACUUUCCAAAACUAACACAGAAGGCCUUAAAAGAUUUUAGGUAUAUAUACUCUGAGAUAUAUGCUAUGUAUUAUUUAGUGUUAUGAUAUAAAUGUUAAAUAUAUUUAUAAGAGUUACGUUUCUCUCUAGUAUUUUUAAAUCAGAGUUAGACGUUUAAGGAUAUGACGCAAAAAAAUAUGUGAGAAAAUAAAUGAUCUUGCUAUCAAUAAAAUUGAUGACAAUUAA